AUGUUCGUCAACGAAAUCCUCUCACACUUCACUGGCAAGACUGUCCUGAUUACGGGCGCCAACACCGGGCUGGGACUUGAAGCAGCCCGUCACUUUGUUCGUCUGAACGCCAGCAAGGUCAUUUUGGGUUGCCGGGACCUUGAAAAGGGCAAUGCCGCCAAACAGGACAUCGAGUCUGGACAACAUCUAGAUGACACCUCGGAUAUGGUCGAGGUAUGGCAGGUCCAACUUGACUCAUUCGACAGCGUCAGGUCCUUCUGCCGUCGCGCGUCCACACUUGAGCGCCUAGACGUCGUCAUUCUGAACGCCGGCCUCCUCAGCCACCUAUACCACACAGCCGAGGGCUACGAAUGGCUGACAACUGUCAACGUUAUUUCCACAUGGCUCAUGGCCCUCUUACUGCUGCCGGUCAUGCGCACAACACGGACCAAAUACUACACCGGCGAUACCGACCAGGCCCCUCACCUAGUGACAGUUGGCUCCAACGCGCACUUCUACACCAAGUUCGACGAGCGCAACGCACCGUCCAUAUUCGAGGCGUUCAGGGGCGGGAACAACAUGUUCAACCGCUAUGCCGACACCAAACUCAUGAGCCUCUUCGUCGCGCGCGAGGUCGCGGCCCGCAUGUCAGAUACCAAGGAGAAACCGCGGGUCGUGCUGAACAUCGUCGAGCCGGGGUACUGCCAGUCACAACUGCUGCGGGAGAAGGCCUGGCCGUGGUACUUCAAGGCCCUCAUGACUGUCGGGCUCGCAACCGUCGCCCGCACGUCGGAGCAGGGCGCGCGGACGUACAUUCACGCCGCGGCCGCAGGGUGGGAGAGCCAUGGUGUUUAUCUAGAAGAUUGCAACCUGAGUACUCCGCAUGAGUUUGUUGACUCUGAGGAGGGCGUUAGGAUACAGAAAAAGGUGUAUGCUGAGCUGAUUGAAAUCUUGGAGCGCAUUGAGCCAGGUAUCUCGGAGAAUGUUUGA